AUGGACGAUGACACUUUCCUCCACCUUAUUCACUACUACCGUGAUAUUCAAGACUUACCGAGAGAACGUGCGUACUAUGGCAAUGCUCUAGGAUAUAAAUAUGGAACAUACACGUAUAUGGGAGGUGCUGGAUACACACUCUCCCGCGACCUCGUUAUAGAUAUUGCUGGAUCACAAUGGGCUAGUUCACAUGUCUACGACGAUGAGGACUGGCGAGUGGGUGAGUGGGUAUGUCAUGUAGCUAGGGAGAAAAAGUACUUUGUGAAAUAUAUUGGCUUUACAAAAUGGGUGUCCAGUCGCCAAAAUCCCUUCCAUGACUUUGACGAGGAUUUGGACGAUGUUAAGAUGUUGAAUGCCAUGAUAGAUAUGCACUCCGAAUACGAAAAGGGAUUGCCAAUGGUUAGAGUCAUUCGGAAUUCGACAGCCGAAGGCCUGAUUACAAAAAAGGAGCUUCCUACAAGAUGUUGGACUGCACUUGAGAAAGAACAAAUGCUAAAUAAAACGAAAGAACAGAUGUGGAACCAAACUUUGGAGAAUACCUACAAGAAUUGGUUCUAUGAAGCCUGGGACUUUAAAGAGGGAAUAUGGUAUGGGCAUUAUGGACCU